GAGUGAAGGGUCGCCUACGCCUACUCAACCAAAUCUCACUCCCUACUUUCUCUCUCUCUUCAUUUUUCUGCAAAUAUUCUUCCUUCCACAGAUAUUGGAGAAGACUCUGUUUUACAGCGCAUGCGCACUCGCACUCGCAUUUUCCCUCCCUACUUUUCUCCACUUCAAUUAUCUUCCUUUUCUCAACGAACAUAAUGCUCCACACAUUUGAACAAAUGGAUGACGAGUUUGCCAAGCUUCUCCGUAGGAUCAAUCCGCCCAGGGUUGUGAUAGAUAAUGAUGCUUGUGAGGAUGCAACUAUAAUACAGGUUGACAGUGUCAAUAAGCAUGGAAUCCUCCUUCAGGUGGUCCAAAUUCUGACAGAUUUGGAUCUUGUGAUUAAGAAAGCAUACAUUUCAUCUGAUGGAGGAUGGUUCAUGGAUGUGUUCAACGUGAUUGACCGCAAGGGGAACAAAAUUAGAGAUCAAGAGAUCAUCAGCUACAUCCAAGAGAGACUCGAAAGCAAUGACGAUUUGGUUGAACCUUCUUUGAAAGAACUGGUUGGAUUAGUACCUUCGGAAGAGUAUACAUGCAUUGAGCUAACAGGAAGAGACAGGCCCGGUUUAUUAUCUGAAGUCUGUGCUGUCCUUACUGAUCUUGAGUGCAAUGUGGUGAAUGCUGAGAUAUGGACGCACAAUGAGAGAGCUGCAGCUGUGGUUCUUGUCACUGAUCAUACCACGGGUUUUGCAAUUGAAGAUCCAAAGCGCAUUGCAGCAAUAAAGGAGCUCUUGUGCAACGUUCUCAAGGGAAAUAGUGAUUUAAAUUCCGCAAGAAUGACACUUCCACCACCUGAUAAAUUCACACAUAGUAGAAAGAAGAAGGCACGUUACUACUCUUUGAAGCGAGUGAAGGGUCGCCUACGCCUACUCAACCAAAUCUCACUCCCUACUUUCUCUCUCUCUUCAUUUUUCUGCAAAUAUUCUUCCUUCCACAGAUAUUGGAGAAGACUCUGUUUUACAGCGCAUGCGCACUCGCACUCGCAUUUUCCCUCCCUACUUUUCUCCACUUCAAUUAUCUUCCUUUUCUCAACGAACAUAAUGCUCCACACAUUUGAACAAAUGGAUGACGAGUUUGCCAAGCUUCUCCGUAGGAUCAAUCCGCCCAGGGUUGUGAUAGAUAAUGAUGCUUGUGAGGAUGCAACUAUAAUACAGGUUGACAGUGUCAAUAAGCAUGGAAUCCUCCUUCAGGUGGUCCAAAUUCUGACAGAUUUGGAUCUUGUGAUUAAGAAAGCAUACAUUUCAUCUGAUGGAGGAUGGUUCAUGGAUGUGUUCAACGUGAUUGACCGCAAGGGGAACAAAAUUAGAGAUCAAGAGAUCAUCAGCUACAUCCAAGAGAGACUCGAAAGCAAUGACGAUUUGGUUGAACCUUCUUUGAAAGAACUGGUUGGAUUAGUACCUUCGGAAGAGUAUACAUGCAUUGAGCUAACAGGAAGAGACAGGCCUGGUUUAUUAUCUGAAGUCUGUGCUGUCCUUACUGAUCUUGAGUGCAAUGUGGUGAAUGCUGAGAUAUGGACGCACAAUGAGAGAGCUGCAGCUGUGGUUCUUGUCACUGAUCAUACCACGGGUUUUGCAAUUGAAGAUCCAAAGCGCAUUGCAGCAAUAAAGGAGCUCUUGUGCAACGUUCUCAAGGGAAAUAGUGAUUUAAAUUCCGCAAGAAUGACACUUCCACCACCUGGUGCUACCCACAGGCAAAGAAGGUUACAUCAGAUUAUGUUUGCUGAUCGAGACUAUGAAAAGGCUGACAAACUGGUUGGUGGAAAAGUCCAUGCCAAGACCACCAGACCUCAUGUAAUUGUAACAGAUUGUGCAGAAAAAGAUUAUACAGUCAUCACGAUGAGAUCAAAAGAUCGACCCAAGUUGUUGUUUGAUAUUAUCUGUACUCUGACUGACAUGCAGUAUGUCGUCUUUCACGGGGUAGUCCACACAGGAAGAAUGGAAGCAUAUCAGGAAUACUAUAUCCGGCACGUGGAUGGGGUACCUAUUAGUUCAGAAGCUGAACGAGACCGUGUGAUGCAAUGUUUGGAAGCAGCCAUUGAAAGGCGAGGCACUGAGGGUCUAGAGUUAGAACUAUGCGCGGAAGACAGAGUUGGACUUCUCUCCGACAUCACCAGGAUAUUUAGGGAAAAUGGCCUGUGCGUCAAAAGAGCAGAGAUCUCAACUAGGGGCGGGAAAGCUAGGGAUACAUUCUAUGUCACGGAUGUGACUGGCAGCCCCGUAGACCCAAAGACCGUGGACUCCAUCUGUGAACAGAUUGGUGGAGGCGUUUUGCAUGUCAAAUGGGACAUAAAGUCUUCCCCAAAACCACAACAGGGUAGCACAAUUAGCUUCCUGUUAGGAAGCUUCUUCAGAUCUCGAACCUUUUCCGGUUGAAGGAGGAAUGUGGAAAGUAAAAAUAGUGUAUAUAGAUGCAUGGCUUAAUGGCAAUGUUCCUCAGUAGGAGAAACCACCCCAUACUGUUAAUAGGUUAAAGAGGGUGGUGUGGCCAUGUACAUGAAUAUAUAUACUCUCUACCGAGGAAGCUAAACUCUUGUACAGUAUAUAGAAACAAAAUAUAUGUCGAACAGUAUAAGCAUAUAAUGUUAAUGAAAAUGCUUGUGUACAAUGUGGUGA